ACACUCCAACUGCUUGUGCUCCCUCCCUGAGAUCAGAUCCAAACACCCCAUAACCGAUCCGCCAUUUAACCUCUGACCUCGCUGAGACGCCGGAGAGGGCGAAGAAGGAUCAGAUUUGUGUUUCGAGAACUGGAAAUGCCAAAUUUCCACUCGAAAAAGCAUCUCAGGUAUUCCAACCUCAAUGUUUUGCAUACUUAUUGCUCGGUUCCUUUUCGCGAUGUCCCUAAACCCUCCCCAUACCCAUUCCAAGCUACCUCUUCUUCAAUCUGUGAUUUUGAUUUAGAUAUACUCUCGUAUAAGACUUAUUUAGGCAAAUCUUCAUCUCGAACGCCUUCAAAGAGCAAUGUUGACCUAUUCGCUUACCCACAAAUUCGUUCUUUUAGCUUCAGUUCUGACCCUUACCGCCUUUACAACAGCCAAUCUGCCCUUCCACAGGCUGCCUGUAGGUUUUGUUGUUCAAGUUGUAUAAAUCCAUCUAGAUUCUUCUCUGCUCAGAAUCUUUCGGAAACUAUGGUCCAUAACGAGAAGAGUGAGAGUAAAGCUAUGGUGGUAUCGGGGAGUGGAGAAUCCAGAAGAAACGCCAAUGAGAUUAGCUUAGUUACACAAAUAGUUGAGAUCAUUAGGAGCGGUGGAGAAGAUUUUAGGUCCAAUUUGAGUUCAAUGUCGUCUUCACUUGACUCUAAGCGAAUUCUCAUGAAUACUUUUAAGGUUCUGAAUCAACUUAGAAUAUCUGGAUUGGAUUUUUUCAGAACUCUUGUGGAGAUGAAACCUAAUUUGUAUAGAAGUGGUGAUGUCUGUAGCCUGAUCAUCAACAACUGUGGGUGGUUGGGUGAUCAGGAAGCACUGUUAUCUUUGCUGCAGGAGUUUAAACUGCAAAGUAUCUGCCUCAAUCAAAUGGCAUUUGAGUUUUUACCUCCAUCUGAACAAGGUAAAGAUGAUCUGAUGGAGUCUACUAGAAGAGUGAUAGGAAUGUUAAACAAAGUCGGCGGAUCUUGUCUUCAUUCCGGAGUUAAUGCGUUAAUCGAGAAGUUUUGUUUUUUGAAUUCGUUCCAAAUGGCUAAAUUUGUGAUGGAAACCACAGAUAGGACAGUUCGUCGGUACAAUAUUUUGAUCCGUGCAAGGUGUAAACGAGGUCAAAUUGAAGAAGCACAUGCCACCAUUGAAGAAAUGCUUGAACACGGUCAUCUCCCCGAGACAAACACAUUCAACUAUCUGAUUGGGUAUUUGUGCAAGCGUGACAGGAUGGAUGAAGCGUGUCAAUUGCUUAAUAGAAUGAAAGAAAAAGGGCCUCCUCCUGAUUCAAUAACGUUGGAAGCAAUAAUAUAUCACUCAGCCAUUCGAGGCCGUUUGGAUGUUGCUUUCCGGUAUCUCGACUUGACUGUAAAUCUGAAUAUUGUACCUCGGCCCACUACUCUUUCAGCGAUUCUGAAUGCGUUGUUCCGUGCAGAACAACACGAGAAAGCAUAUGAAUAUGUUAAUGAUAUGACUGCCAAGUUUAAGACCUCAAGCAAUACGCUUUACAACUUGUUUGCAAAGCUUCAUUUGAAAAAGGGGGAUCCUGUCAUUGCCAAGAACAUCUUAAAUGAAAUGGUCAAGAAGGGGUUAAUGCCAAAAUCCUCGACCUGUUUAAUUUGUGAAGCAAGUGAAGAACAGUGACACUGGAAUGACAGUAACAUGGGAUUUGGGCCAUAUUUAAGGACCAUGUUGCGAUACCUUUAGGGCUGGUUUGGCACGCGAAAGGCUGGCUUACAUGCUACCCAUGAUUUAUUUUUGUAGGACAUGGAAGGUGGAACUUCAGCCACGGCUGGUGGCUUCUGAAGCUGCUAAGUCAACAAAAAAUGACCCGGCUUGGAAACACAAUUACUGUGCUUACCCAAACAAUCAAAAUGGGGGGAUAUACAGGGCCAAACUAAAAUCUAAUUAUGUUUUAUUUUCUAGUUUUAGUGUUUAAGACUUUAAGUGAAUCAUGAGUCAUGACUUUAUUUUGGUUAAUCACUUAAUCGUGACUUUAUUUUGGUCAAUCGUGACUUUAUUUUGGUGAAGCAUGACUUUAUUUGUAAGAAACAUGACUUUUUAAUGUAUUUCCUUCAAUAUGGUGAACUGGUACAUCA